AUGGGAAACACGCUUGUGAAAGAUAAGGUCGAAGAUAACGUUGAUGGCGGACAACUCGUACCUCACGGUGUCUACAAGACGCCCCAGGAUUGGAACGAAAAAAUUGUACGAAAACUUAUCAUAGACCGGAAGUUAGCGCCCUUUUACAAAGGACUUUCUGACUAUGACGAGACGGCCGAGGUUACUCUAACUACACAUAAUCAUCCAAAAAAUGGAGAGCUUAAGAAGGCAGCUAUGGGCAGUAGUGAUCACAACACACAAGGAACUAAAGAUAUUAAACGAACAUCUACUUUAAACGCAACUGGUCUAUCAAAAGGCAAAGAGCCAUUACCCAGCAAGUCAAUCGAGACACAGUACAAAGGUGCUGUUGAAUGUCCUAUAUGUUUCUUGUAUUAUCCUCGGAAUAUUAAUUAUUCUCGCUGUUGCCUUAAACCGAUUUGCACUGAAUGCUUUGUACAAAUCAAACGGCCAGAAAGUGGCAACCUAGGAGCUAAUAACUCUCCUGCCAUGUGUCCUUUUUGCGUGGAACCGAAUUUUGGCGUUUCGUACAAACCGCCUCCAUUUAGCUCUGGGAUCAUCAACGAAAACUCGAAUACCAGCAAUCCUUUUGUUCUGCACUCUUCCUCGACUUCAUCUCUCAACCAAUCAGACGGUAAAUCCCGGAGAAAGAGCAUCAGCUACAAAAGUUCAGAGGUCGUGACAACUGAUCAAAUUCGACCGGAUUGGAAUAAUCGCGCUCAAACCCAGCGACCAAAUGGGCGACGACCAUCGGCUUCUUCAUCCAUAAUUGGAAAUUCAAGACGUAUCUCGUUAAGGCCUCCGGGUAGUGGCUCAUACGCAACAUCCCCCUCUCCGUCUAGACGUAAUAAUCUACCGACCGGAAGUGAAUAUCCAGGGUAUUUGCGAAAUGUAGGAGCAGAUUUAGAAGAGUUAAUGGUCAUGGAAGCCAUACGUUUGAGCUUGUUAGAGCAAGAAGAACGGGAAAGGAGAGAGCGUGAGGAGAGAGAGCAUGGAGAACGUUCGCCAGAGAGUGGUGAGGAAACGACACCAAUUUCUGAUGAUUCUCAGCCAACGACAGAAGACAGUGAACUGGAAGCGAAUGUUACUGCAACAGUAAUGACAAUAGACGGAGAGCAGAUUGAAGCUUUGUCGACAAUUGACACCCAAACAAUCCCUGAUGAACCUGAUGAGAAUAAACCAAGCGAAGUUCCCCAUUCUAGUGCCGACCCGUUAUGUAUAGAUCGCGUAAACGACAGUGACGAAGACAGAAUAAUAAUAAAAAACACAUCAGUCGCAUCCUCACCAUCGGCCACAGGAUCAGAUUCAUUAUUGCCAUUUUCUGCAACGGGCUCUAAUAAUGCCAUUAUUGCACCUUCUUCUCCAUCAACUUGCAUUGUCGAAAAUAUAGCUAAUGCAACUUUCCCUACUGCCGAGGGUGACGGUGAUAAUGCAAUGCCUUCAUUUGAGUCUCCAGGAGACGACGUAACACCACCUCUCGAAGGCAAACAAAGUGAGGGUGAAGACUCUACUAUGAUGUGGAUAUAA